AUGCUAUUUCGACGGCUUUCGAUUAAAAUUGUCUUUGGUCGGAAAGCCUGGAAAGCACAAAAACCAUGUUGCACAAAACGUGUCUAUGGUUCAUAUGGUACCCGGGCGCUUUCACAACACGCCUCGGGCCGGGGUAGUCAGGUCCGGAGUCGCUAUACAGAAAAUGUCUCCGACUUACAGUCCCGAGUUAGUCGUCCGGCCGCCCGGUUUCGGCCAGCCAGACGACUAACCCGGCGCUCUGAGCUAGAUGGUUUAAUUGUUACCGCGCUCGAAGAAAAAAUGCGAGCAAAUGGCCAGGGGAGUGGACCGAUGUCGGGCCCGGCCCGGAUCGGACAUUUUCCGGGUCGGGGAAGAGUGGGGAAGACUAUAGCGGAGCUGGACCUGGGUGACGAAGACCCUAUCGAUCUACCACUCGAGAUCAAGAUGUAGUGUAACGAAUCAGCACACGAUCAGCAUCAGGCACGAAAAAAAAAACUAGGAAACUCAAACUUCUAUAAUAUGGACCAAGUUUGUUGAUGAGGCACCGUGAUGGAAUUAUGAAAAGGCUAGAGGUUAUGAAUAGCGACGCUUUACGACGGAAGCGAAGCGCGAACAAACUGGAAACCGAUGCGCAACUAUGGCCGGCCAUUUGAGCAGCUGCCAUAGCGCUCCUUGCAUAGAACGGCUGCAUCAGAUUCGUGUCGAGAUUGUUCAUAUACUACUAAGCGUGUUUCCCUACUAGUAGUAUUACCACGGGAAUUCACCUCGGAAUCGGAGUCGCAGAAAUCCUGGGAUGCGCAGAGCGCCGCAACUGGGUCGCAGGGUACCGCCGAAGGUACUGGCAGCAGCAGCAAGAAAAUCCAAGCCGAAUACGAUGGUGGCAGAGAUUGUGGCCGAGCAGCUCGAAACCGACAGCAGCGACAGAACCCCAAUCCCGAUCCUGGCUGCCGAGGCUGCCGCAAGCACCAUGGAGGAACUGGUCAGAAAGUCGCAGCUCAUCGAAUCUGCAGACCUCGUCUUCAUCUCCGCGGGCCGCGCAGAAGCAACAAGGUACGAGCCAGCAAAACAAUCUCAAUCCGGACGUGA